CAGAAGCAUCGUGCCGAGGCAGCCAAGUAUCUCAGCUUCUGAUUCUCCUCCUCCAAACACCAUCCGCGGGCGUGGCGUACAUACCCAGUGGUGCCGACGACUGCCGAGCAAGGCAAAAAGGCCAAGCAGCGCCCCGGGCCGGGCCCCAGCGCGGCGCCUAUUGGUUCGCUCUGAUCGCCGGGGCUAGUCAACGGCCGGUGAUCAGCCGACCCUCGCGCGGGAGUGGGGCCGCGGAACGGCGGCGAUGGCGGGGCUGCCGCCGGUCGCCAGGCGGCGCCCGCUCGCGACGGCGUCGUCGCUGCUGCUGCUUUUGCUGCUGCUCGUGGUGACCGCGGCGGCGCGCGAGGAGCGGGGCCUGGCGCGUGUGCAGGGCCCGCCGCCGCGCCACCGCCACGCGUACGCCGCGAUGAUGUACAUGGGCACGCCGCGGGACUACGAGUUCUACGUCGCCGUGCGCGUCAUGAUGCGCUCCCUCCCCCGCGUCCGCGCCGACGCCGACCGCGUCCUCAUCGCCUCCGCCGACGUGCCGCGCGACUGGGUCCGCGCAAUGACAGAAGAGGAUGGCAUGAGGGUGUUGAUAGUGGAGAACCUCAGGAAUCCUUACGAGAGCAACCUAGGAGGGACCAACAAGAGGUUCAAGCUGACACUGAACAAGCUUUAUGCCUGGACCCUGGUGGACUACGAGCGUGUCGUCAUGAUUGAUUCCGAUAACAUCUUCCUCCAGAACACAGACGAGCUAUUCCAAUGUGGACAGUUCUGUGCUGUUUUCAUCAACCCGUGCUACUUCCACACCGGUCUUUUCGUGCUCCAGCCUUCUAUUGAUGUAUUCAGAAGCAUGCUUCAUGACCUGGAGACUGGCCGUGAAAACUCUGAUGGUGCUGACCAAGGCUUUUUGGUUGGGUGCUACCCAGACUUGCUCGACAAACCAAUGUUUCACCCUCCUGAGAAUGGCACAAAGCUCAAUGGGACCUAUCGCCUUCCUCUUGGCUAUCAAAUGGAUGCGUCAUACUACUAUCUCAAGCUACAUUGGCAUGUCCCCUGUGGGCCAAACAGUGUCAUCACAUUCCCCAGCGCACCUUGGUUUAAACCUUGGUACUGGUGGUCCUGGCCGGUCUUGCCAUUAGGUCUUUCCUGGCACAAGCAGCGCUGGGACGAUCUUGGGUAUGCUGCUGAAAUGCCAGUGAUUCUGAUGGAGCUUUUGAUGUACAUAGUUAUCAUAGCAGUCACCAGAUUGGCAAGGCCAGGGAUCACCAAACUGUGCUAUAACCGACGGCCUGAGAAGCAAAGUGCCCUGGUGCAGUGGCUGAUCAAGCUGGCUGCAAUUGCGGCUAUGGUGGCUGCAUAUUCCAUUCCAUUCUUUGUGGUCCCACGCACAGUCCACCCGAUCAUGGGCUGGUCCGUCUACCUAUUUGGCGCGCUUGCCUUGUCAGUGCUCGUUAUCAAUGUUUUUCUGCUCCCGCCACUUGAUGUGCUUACAACGUGGCUUGCAAUUGUGGGCAUGCUCAUCGUUAUGGCAUUCCCAUGGUACCAUGAUGGUGUUGUGAGGGCUCUGGCGGUCUUUGGAUAUGCAUUUUGCUCUGCGCCAAUCUUGUGGGCAUCCAUGGUGAGGAUGAUGGACUCACUGCAGACGAUGCUUGAGAGGGAUUCAUUCUUCCCCCGGAUUGGUGAACCAGCACAGGAGACUGAAUUCAGCAAGCUGUACUGAUUCUUUUACGCACAGAUUUGGGAUGCUUCAUCACCAUAUGAACAGAUGAUCCGGAUCAGUUAAUUCUCGAUUGAUGCUGGUGGUUUUUGCUCAGGCAUUCCAUUGUGUACUCAUAGUAAUGUAUAAACAUUGCCUGCAGCAACCAUGAUAGAUGCAGAUCCAGGAAAGACAGGUCAGUUGUACUGAAUUGAAAAAAAGCAUAUUUGCUGCAUGAGACGGGAUAGGGGAUUGUUGUG